GUCAUGAGGGAAGGCUUUAAAAUAAUUUUCUAUGGAUUUGUGGUCUGAGCAGAGAAACGAGAGAAAACUUAAACAAGGAUGUGGCAGAGUGUGUUGUCACUCUGUAUGUGUGUCACAGUCACCCGGGCGCAGUUUCCACGCCAGUGUGUGACACCUGAAGUCCUGCGUAGUGGCACCUGCUGUCCUUCACCCACCGAUCUGGUCGAUGAUGAAUGUGGAUUGAAGACUCGGCGUGGCCGGUGUAUGCCAGUUGUUGCUGACCUGCGCCCACACGGCCCUCAGUAUCCUCAAGACGGACGGGAUGAUCGGGAACGAUGGCCGCUGCUCUUCUUUAACAGGACCUGUGUGUGUAACAGAAAAUUUAGUGGGUACAGCUGUGGACAGUGCAGGUAUGGGCUAACUGGAAAGAACUGUGAUCAGAGAAUCACUGUGGUGCGUCGAAACAUCCUGCAGAUGUCUCCAGAAGAAAAAAAGGCUUUUGUCAACGCUCUGGAUCAAGCUAAAAAAACGGUGCAUCCUGAUCUGGUUAUCUGUACACGGCGAUAUGAGGAGCUCUUUGGCCCAGAUGGAAACAGUGUCCAGUGUGAAAACAUCACCAUCUAUAACUUUUUCGUCUGGACUCAUUAUUACUCUGUCGGGAAGACGUACAUGGGACCGGGACAACAGAGCUUUGGAGGCGUGGAUUUCUCUCACGAAGGUCCGGGAUUCCUUACAUGGCACCGCUUCCACCUGUUGCAACUAGAGAGUGAUAUACAGGACAUGCUUGGAAACCCGACAUUUGCCUUACCGUACUGGAACUUUGCCAUUGGUGGAAACGAAUGCGAUAUCUGUACAGACGACCUGCUUGGAGCCAGGAGCAGCUUUGACAUGAACAGCAUCAGCUCUAACUCUGUGUUCUCUCAGUGGAGAGUGAUAUGUGAUGACUUGGAGGAGUAUGAGAAGCAAGGGACCAUCUGUAACAGUACAGAAGGUGGUCCAAUCAGGCGGAAUCCUGGUGGGAAUCGGCCGAUAUUACAGAAGCUACCGGAAAAUCAAGAUUUAAUUGACUGCUUAGAGCUUAAGAAUUACGAUACACCUCCAUACUACUUCACCUCCACCUGGAGCUUUAGAAAUUCUAUUGAAGGUUACAGCACUCCCCAGGGAAGCUAUGACCCAGUGGUGCGCAGUAUACACAAUCUGGCCCAUUUAUUCCUGAAUGGUACCGGCAGUCAGACCCACGUGUCCCCCAACGACCCCAUCUUUGUCCUGCUGCACUCUUUUACUGAUGCCAUCUUUGAUGAGUGGCUACGUAGACACCACCCUGGCACGGUGUUUUACCCCAAAGAAAAUGCUCCCAUUGGUCACAACUGGCAUUUCAACAUGGUUCCUUUCUGGCCACCGGUCACAAAUGGGGAAAUGUUUGUACUGGCAUCAGACACUCUCGGAUACACCUAUGAGAUCCAAUGGCCAACUCGGCCGUAUGCCAUCUCUGAGAUCAUUACUAUUGUUAUAGUGGCUGUGGUGCUGGUGGUGACAGUGGUAGGUGGAAUCGUGGCAUGUUUUGUCAGAGUCUAUGGCUCUCCUGAAGGGCUAGAGCUUCUGCUUAGUGAACAUUUCUGUCGCUACUCAGAAGACAGUCACAAGUUUCAGUAUACAGCCUGAAGAUGGAUGGGUUUGUUAUUGAAAUUGUGUCUCUGACAUAAUGUACUGCACGAUCCCUUCUGAUUUUUUCUUUACACAAAACAGGAAAGGCAAUUUAUUAGAAUAUAUUUUAAUAUUAAAUAUACUAGUGUUUUUAGGGAGUUGUUUGGCGACACCUAGUGUUCAGUUUUUCUAUAACAACCUGGUGUAUUGUGAUGUGUUCCUUGUAGCACGUAGGGCUAGGUAUGUAUUUUAUUAAAUACAAUUGUCUGUUGCACUUUUUGUAUUGAAAAUACAUAACUCAUGUAGUUAUGUCAAGUUAUUAUUAUUGUUUUUAUCAUUGGCUUUCUUUUAAAAUUCUGAAAUGCACUGAAAUGCUGCUACUUGCAAAAUAAAAUGUAGGGGGAAAAUAAUAAAUAAACAAAUGUUUGUUGUUUUAUGAAACAGAAAUUAGC